ACUAUUGUAUUGGAGUAUGCCGUAUUGUCAUUUAAUAUUUUAUGCCUUAUGAUAUAUUUUGAUGAUUGUAUUUUGUUUGUACUAGUUUUUCAGAUAACUUUUUUUAAUAACUAAUAACUUCUAACUAGGUACCACGAUUAAAGAUAGUACUUUAACUACUAUCUUUAAUCGUGCUAUGCAUUAGUAACUAGUAAAUUAGUUACUUUUUUAUAAUAAAUGCUAUUUAAAUUAAAGUUAAUUAUUGUUGAAACUAAAAAAAUUAUUUUCAAUUGACUACUCAUUUGAACAGACGGUUUUUUUUAUCAUCAAAAUGAUGUCUUUUAAAAAAGGUAAUUUUCGCAUUGGAGAAGCUGAAUUAAAAUGUAAAAAAGCAAAUGGAUGUGAUUAUUAUGGUAAUCCACAAUGGGAUGGCUUUUGUUCAAAAUGUUAUAAAGACAUACAAAAGCAUAGGCGAAUGAAUGCUUCACCUAAAAAGGUUCCAAUUAACAAGACUAGUGAAAAACAAGAUUUAAAAAAAGUUGGUUCAACUGAAAAAAAAUCCAAAUUGUCAUACUUGAAAAUGUUCAAUACUAUUAAAUCUAAAGAUGAUAUAUCUGAAAAAUCUAAAAAAGAUUAUGAUCCACUUAUUACAAAGAAAUUGGAUCAAGUGGAUAUAGAAUAUUUGCCUAUUUUGUCUGAAACAAAAUCUUUGCGGAACGAUUUAAAAAAACAAAUUCGCAAUUUUUGUCAAAUGAUGAUGAUGUCACAUUUACAAAGCCCUGUUGAUAUUCAGUCUGAACUCACUCAACAUUUUUAUCAAAAUAUUCUGGAUAUGCUGAAUAAUAAUUAUUCUUAUGAUGAACUGAGUCAUGAAAAAAAAGAACAAAUUUUGGAUUAUACAGAAAAAUACUCUAUGAUAAAACUAUAUAAGUUUUUAUUUUGUAUGACUUUGGCUGAUGAAGAGGAAGAUUUAGCUAUACAGAAAAGGAUUCGUCAGUUAAAUUGGGUAAAUGCUAAACAUCUAGACUGUGAUAUUGACAAAACAAAUGCUCAGAUUAUUGAAUUGGUAUACAAAGCAAUUCUAGAAUUAUUAGAUAUGGAUUCAGCUACAGCCCCACAAGACAAAUUGGCAUGUGUUGUUAGAUGCUGUCGACAUAUAUUUGGAGUUUUGCAAGGUGGAAACAAUGGAAUGAAAGGACCUGCAUCUGCUGAUGAUUUCUUGCCUGUUCUCAUAUUUGUUGUUCUCAAAGCAAAUCCAGUUAGACUUAAGUCGAAUUUGCAUUAUGUGACUAGAUUUUGUAAUGCUUCAAGACUGAUGUCUGGAGAAGCUGGAUAUUAUUUUACCAAUCUGUGUUGUGCCGUAUCAUUUAUUGAAAAUAUUAAUGCUGAACUUCUUAGUAUGAAUAUUGAAGAAUUUGAGCAGUACAUGAAUGGAACAUUAGUAUCCGAUACCUGGGAUUCUGCAUUAAUUAUAUGUGAAGGGAUGCAUCAAAUGUUUGAGCAGUUGGCAUUGUUGGCAGAUUUAAAAAGAAGAAAUAUAAUGAUUGUUGAUGAUGCAUUAAAGCUUAAGAACGAAAUGUCUAAUUUUAAGGAUAAUUGUAUGGAUCAAUUUGCGGUAUUAAAAGAAGUGUAUACUAUUAUUGAUGAUUGUGAUGAAACAAAUAACAAAGUAGCUGUUAGUAUAGAUGAUUAUGACCCUUUAUGUUCCAGUUUACCCACAGGACUACCAUGGACUAUGAUACCACAGGUUAUUCAACCUGCAGAAAGAACUCGUACAAGUUCUUCUUGUACAGAUGGUGAUUCUUGGGACAUCCAUUCUGCCGAAACAGUAUCAUUGCAUUCAUUAGAUGCUUGUUCUAUUAUACCACAAGAAAUUAAUGAAAUUGCGGGAAGUAGCUUAGAACCAACAAUAAAAGUACAACCACAGUUAGAUGAAAUACAGGAAAUAUCUAUACAAGGAUGGCAAAUACCAAGUAUACCAUGUGAAACGGGAGGAAAAGAAAUUAUCAACUCAAAAAUAAAUCCGCAAUAAAUAUAACUGUUUUAUUUAGUUUUUAAUAUAUCAUUUUGUUAAUAAUACUACCUGUUUAUUUAUUUUUAAUAAUAUAUUAAUUAUUAUAUUGUGUUAAAUGUCUCUGUUUAUUAUAUGUUAAAAGAAUAUUUAAUAACUGCUAAACCCUUAUAGAUUAUAUAGAUUAUGUAUUAAUAGUUCUACGGGUUUGAUGUUUAGUGUCGACUAUUGGUAAUUUAACACUAAAUAUGCAAUUAUUAAGUUAAAUAGUAGUAUCCAAUGGUAGUGUAUACUCUGAUUGGAUUUUUGUCUCGAUUGAUGUUUUAAAACGUUUUGUAGUUCCAAUUUGCUGAAUAUAUGGACAAGCAACUAAUUUCAUCUAAAAUACAAAUAAGAUACAUUUGGUAUAUUUUGUAAAAUAAUUAUUUAAAUUUUAAAUAACUUAUAAAAAAUAAUAUUUGAAAUAGUAUUCAUGUAUUCAAUAUGUCAAUGAACACUACUCAACCAAUGAAGGUCAAUGAAGUUUCAAUCAAGCUAUGCUGUACAUAUAUCUCUUUUUGUAGGAUAAUGUUGGCUAUACUAUCUCCCACCUUCGUCGUCUGUCGGUAUAACUGUAUGUGUGUGUGUGUUACGAAGCAUUACACUUUUUUAUAGUUAUGUACGAUACACUUCUUUUUUUUUUAUGAAAGCUAACUUGUUUAUGUAUUAUGUUCUUUUUAAUUUGAUUUAUUAUGUAUUAAAUCCUUUUAUUUUCAUUUUAUUAA